AGGGACUGAGACUCUGCUUCAGAGUAUCUUUGGACUAUAAAAUGAAUGGACUGCAGUGGAAAAUGAAAGCAAAGCUUUGUGAGCUGCUGUCUUUAGGAUACGGUGUCCCACUGUGCUGUGCUUUACAGAGUAACAGUAAACCCCUCAAAGGUUACGCUUGCUUUAGCAACAUCCGCACUCCUCUAAGAAAUUAGAGUAAAUCCCCAUAAUCUGCUGUGCUUGUGCUGUAGCACUCCCUUGGCUUCAGGCCAUUUUCCUUACGGUCUCUGAGCUUGCCUGUGUGAUUCUGCAGGGUGCUGAAGAUGGCAGGCAGCUCCGCUCCUUGGAUUGGCAGCGCUUAUCUCUUCCUUCAGUCCACCUGCAAGACCAUCGCUCUGCCGGCCCUCUACGAGAGCUCCCAGAAGAAGCCUUGUGUGUUCAAGGCCCUGAAGCUGGCAUUAGCAGACUGCACUGGCAGCGUGAAUGGUGUGGACAUGCUCAAAGUGCACUGCAGCCACCCACACCUGAUAGUCCAGCUCAAAUUCUGCAAGCGGGAGAACUGCCGCCGGUUCCUGCGGAGCUACCGGGAAGGAGCGCUCCAGAAAUCCCUCCAGAGUCACCUCCAGCUCUCCUUGGCCAUAACCACGGUGCCUCUGGAAGUGGAGCUGAAGGCUGGCAGUGAGCACCUUGACAAGAUGCUGAAGGAUGAGGAUCGUUGCCUGGAGUGCAUCUACAGAGAAAAGCCUGACCGCCUGCCGGAUGAGGAGAUCACCGAGCUGGAGGAAUGCCUCAAGAGCCUGAUGCUUCACCAGAGCACCAACAAUAAUGUGGCUGGAAAAGACUGCUCACCUCUGAAGUCCCCACCUCAGCCUUAUCCUCCUCAAGGCAGCUCCCUUCCCACACAACUCACCUUCAUUUUUCAGGGACAGCUGUUUGACAACAGAACAAUCACACCAGACGACCACCAGAAGUUUGCCAAGUCCGUGUCCAAGAAGUGGAAGCAGGUGGCUCGCUCCCUGCAGAAGUCCUGCCGCGCCCUGCGGGACCCUGUCCUCGACAACCUGGCGCUGGAGUACGAGCGGGAGGGACUCUAUGAACAGGCCUAUCAGAUGCUGCUCAGGUUCAUCCAGUCCGAGGGCAAGAGGGCCACCAUAGCGCGGCUGGUCGCGGCCCUGGAGGAGAACGGGCUCGUCAGCUUGGCUGAGGAGCUCCUGGGCCUCCAUGCCAGUGAAGACUGCUCCUAGAGCCCAAAGGAUAGUGCCAUUGCUAAGGGCUUUCCUGCUUCAGCUACUGUAUGAAACUGCUGCCAGUGUCUGGGAAUGUAGAGCCCUGAAUGUCACCACAGGUUUCCAUCUAGGUGGAAAUGCUCAGGGGAGAGGUUCUGUGUUUGCAGAAGCCGGCAUGGACCUCUGACUUUCCUUAUUUCAUUGUGUUUCCAGAAAUAGAGCACUACCUUCCUGUGAACUGGUGAGAGGCUUUCAUCCUGACUUCCUUCAGGACUGAGGGAAGGGAAGGUAACUUCCUUCAGGACUGUGACAGAGAGCCCUAGGGGAGAAUGAGGGAGAGGAGAAAAGCAAGCAAGGCUUCUCAUAGAAUUUCUCUGGGAAGCAGACAAUGCCACUGCUUCUCAGGCUGUGUCCAGGUCCAUCACCUGGACAGCUGCAAUAUAUUUUUAUAUUGAAAACGUUUUUGUCCUCAGCCAUGACAUCAAGUAAAGACAAAGGGGAAAGUAAGGAAAAGUCAAUUUUAUGUUAUUUUCAUUCUUUGUUUGAAGAACCAAAAACAUCCAUAGCAAGAAUAUCUGUUCCACCCUGCUCUAUUAUAUCUCCUUCCCACCUCUCACCACCUGAAGGUUUUUCUUCUAGCUGGGGCAGUCAUAAUCUUCCACAGGGCACAAGAUUGCUGCUGUACAACAAAUGGCAGGCACUGAAGGAGCAAUAUGGACAAACUCAAAUUCUGACAACGAUUGUCAACAUUUUCUCAUCUGUAGACAGUAAUGUGUUGAUUAGCUCUUGCCUGCCAGCCUGAGGGAGCCUGCAGCUAUGGAAAGCAAAACACAGUGCUGGAAGGAAAAGAGUCUCCACAUCAGCAAGUUACCUGUGGAGUGGAUCAUGGAUUGGAACUGCUGCCCUCAGGGGCACUGCAGCAUCAAAUGCUGUCCUCAGACCACAGAGCUGAGCAAUCAGCAGCCCAGCUGGCUGCUCGUGCCUUCACUCACUUCCUACCCACCCACCCUCAGCCUGCUGGGCCCCUGGCGGGGACAGCUCACCCUGCUGUGUCCCACAGGUGUCAGGAUCUACAGAGAGCCUUUCCCUGGCACUGCUGUCACGUGUGACAGUCGAGUGUCAGCUGCCACCGUGCCUGGAUUUACCUGCACUGAUUUUUAGGGUAAAAAUAGUUUAAGAGACAAAUCUCCCAAACCUCAGGGCUGACUCCUGCUUUCAGUUCCUGUGGGAGAAGCUGAGUGUCUUUUGGUAUGGCUGAUGCAGACUGUAACAGAGCAGCUGCACUUUUGCCAUAACAAAGCACAGAGCAACAAGUGUCUGGUGUGACAUGGGUCCUGUGAAGCACAACAGCAGCUCAAUUACCUUUGACAUAUUCCCAGUGCUUUCCUGAUAGGCUUUUACCAAUACUUUUUCAUUAAUUCUAUCUUUUUUUGCCCUUCCCAUCUGUGGGAAUAGCCAGUGGGCCGUGGAAAUGUUUUCAGAUGCAGAGGGGGACUCUGGCCACAUACACAAAGUCCGUGUGUGCAUGCAAAUACCAGGCUGCUAGCAGUCAUGGUAGGAACAACUUUGAGUUGGUGUCUGAUGGCCUUUUAAACCACAAGUCACUUUCUACUCCUUCCCUGGAGUCAAAGCUGUAAUUCAGUAAGGAGGGAUAUAACCGAGUUUUAGGUGUGGCUCAGAUCCAAGCUGCUGGGGCUGCAGAUGUUCCUGUACCUUCUGCUGGAACACCUGAGCAUCAGUCCCUGGAGACCUGGAUGGGCAGGAUUUAGAUGGCCUGCUUCGAACCAGCUGGGAUCCACAUGCCUCAGAUGAGCUGAGUUUCACAUCCUUAGUGUAAGCCAGAGUAACAUGACUUGUUUUCUGCAGAUUUUGAACCCCUGAGGGAAAGGAGCAAGGAAAGGAAAGGAAAGGAAAGGAAGGGGGUUAAGUAUGGGGAGAAAGUUUUCAGGAUGUGAGGGAGUCUACUUCCAUCUUGCCCCUGGCUUCCAAAGAAGCAGGACUUCAUGCAGGCACCAUCUCUGCAAAGACUGGCUCCACCACCUUUUAUUAAGCCAUUUUGUAUCAGUGCCAUUGCAGUUUCAUCUCCUCCAUUCCUGCUCCACAUCCUACCCUCUCCCUUCCAGUAGUACCAGUACUCUUCCCAAAAUAAAGCAAUUACCUCUCUAACAGUUUUGCUUUUGGGACCAACACAGUGGUGCUGAUCUUAGCUAAUUUAGGCUGCUGUGGAACCAUACCUCAAAGCAUUUAGCUUUCCUGCCAAAUCCCAGCUGGAGAACUCUGUUUGGCAGAAAUCCACCUGACAAAUAGUAUUUUAAAAAAUUGAAAAAUCAGAAACUUGAAAAUUACUUUAAGAGCAAGAGAGUUUGCUCUUGAUUUUGCAGCAAUUACUUUUUUAAGAAAACAAGGUCAUAUGCAUAGCCUGCUGUCUCAUUUGCAAUGAAUAUUUCUAAGCUCGCAGACCAGCUAUUCAUGUGCACAACUUGCACAUAUAGUUACAAGGCAGCCAUUGAGUACUGAGAAUUAAUAGUUUUUGUAGCAGCUGUUAAUGCUCAAAAUGAGAAAGUCUUAUUAUUCAGCAUCUACUUCAAGUCCAGAAAACUGCUGCUGCUGCUGUUACUCUUUUACAGAGGACUAACCAUGAAUGCUUUCUUCUGAAUGCAAACGUUGUGCAUUUUCUUUCUGCCAGUAACUGGCAUGUGUAUUUCCUCUUACUCACGUAUUCCCUGUCAGAAAUGCCAUUAAGUGCUGGAGCCCUUGGCAACCUUUCUGGAAUAACAAUCUCUAACAGCAUUCACAGGUGCCUUCAUUGCAGAGACUUGAAGGAAGAGGGUUUUUCACUGAUAUCCUAUGGUGAAACUGUCUCAAACACAUAUGAUAGUUCAGGACAUAGCAGUGGCUGUUUCAUACCUCCUUUUCCAUGACCAGUCAUCAUCAUGGUGGGAGAUAAGCCAUGGGCAGUGCUGCUGCUAGAGAAAUUUGCCUUACCCCAGUAACUGCUCUUCUCCCUAUACUGAGAUAUAUCUGUGAAAAAGAUAAAUUCAGGGGUAAUGGUAGUGUUUCAGAAUCAAACACAAUAUUAAAAACAAAUAAAGGUGCUAAUCAGUUGCAUAUAAAAUCUAAAACAGAAAAAGAACAUAAAACAAGCAGCAGAAAUCAGGCCAAAAUGUACUUACAGGAAGACAUCUAAGAGGGUUUUUUUUCUGGUACAGAUUGUUUUUGUAAUUUUAACCAUGUUUCAGAUUUGAAGGAGUCUCCAUUCAGUCUGCCAGAAGGAAUAAAAGAUCCAAAGGAGAAUUUGAAUAAUUUUUUUUGCAUAGCUGACCUGCAGUGUCCAAACAGAUGAUAACAAAUAGGAGAGUGAAGUUAAAAUGCUCACCAGAUAUACUUUGUCAUGAGGCAUCUGAUAGAAGCAAACCUGACAGGAUACCCUGAUACAAAAUUGUCUCAAAGGAAAAGAUCUGUUUAUUUUGCUGUUCACUUCAAAGCUAGGUUCAGCAUUGAGGAGCUGUCCUGCUGUCUGGGUCACUGUCUCCCCUCUGCUGUUCCCAAAGGAGCCACAUCCUGGCAGCUGCCCACAGACUCUGAAAACCAGAAGUGAGCAUGGGCAGAAUGAGGAGCCUCAAAUUCACUUAAUUUGCUGAUUUAGUUUAACUGAAAAUUCUGGUGAACCUCUGGUAUUGUGUCUGGUAUCCUUAAACCAAGGAGGUACAAGAAGGGGAAUCAAGAGGGUUUCUUGAGUCUAACCCACAUAUUGGUGUGUGCAUGACACUGGUGCUUUACACUGGGCAGGGGUCUGACCAUGUGUCUUUUGUAUGGAGAGGGACUCAAACAGUGAAGCAAUUUAAGGCCUAGAGUAAAAAAAUAUGUAUUUUUCUCUUCUCUGGAUUGAAUUUUAAACCCACUGAAGAGAGCUGGCUGUAAAUCUCUAAUAGAAACUUGUGUGAGAUGUGUGGUUAGUGUCUCUUAGUUUUCAGUGGAAAAAUACCUUGCUGACCUUAUAAUUCCAAAUUCUCAUGAUACUCAACAUGAGAUCUGAACCAGCCAUCUACAUCUAUGGACUGCAAUGCCAGGCAUAUAUAUUUGGGUCUAGGACAUUCAGCCUCCAAGGAAUUGUUUUUUACAGAAAAAGCUCUUUGGUAUA